CUCAUGAGCGAACUGAACUUUCAGCUGUAAACGUGGCCCACUGGAGGAAAGCCCAAUGAAAAGUUUGGUUGCCCCCGAACCAAUUGUGACCCGCACCCGCCCGGAUAACACUCCACCCACCCCCUUCGUUGCCAAUUUCCGCUUGAAUUAAUUCUGUGUUUAAAUCUGCGAAUCGUCGUCGUCGUCGUCGGCGUUGUUGGUCCUUCGUCCUGCAGUCAGUCGGAGUGGAGCAAGUGAACCCCUGCGGCUAGCCAACCACCCUCCAUCCAUUCGAGCCACCCACUCUAGUCAAAUUUAAUAAAAGGCCGCACCAGAGUUUCUCUGGUGGUGACUGGAAAUAUCUCACACUCUCCCAUUAUCCUGCUCCAACUCCGUGGAUGUCCUCCAACUGGUGAAUAUUGUCCUGGCGGGCUCACGCAGUGCGACAAAAGCCGCCCGCAGCGUUUUUAUAUGCGCACAUAAUUCAGAGCGUCGGCCAGUAACACCCGCUGCCAAAAGUUAAUGCCCAAAAGCGAGGCCGCCACAAUGAUAACCAACAAUAAUUUGGAUUAUGACCAGGGCCAGGACAGUGCCAGUAGCAACAGCACAAUAACAGCAGCAACAUCGACCGCAAGCACAGCGGCAACAUCGGUCGCUAUGAGCAACAGAAACGGCAGCACCAGCAGCAGCAACAACUCCUCGCCCACGGCAGACAGUACCAAUUCCAACUCCAACUCCAAUUCAAAUUCAAAUUCAAACUCAAACUCAAAUAUAAAUCCAAAUCAGAACUCCAACUCCAAUUCGAAUUCGUAUUUUAACCGAUUCGAUAAUCGUAUUGCUGCCAAUUUGGCUGCUGUUUUAACCGGAGCAGGAGCCCGUUUUCGAUCCUCAUCGUGUAGUAAUCGUCAGCCAAGUGGAACCGGAAACUCUGCAAUUUUGAGAUCUCCCUUGGCCACCAUAAGCCGUAAAACAAGUCUGGCCACGCCCUCUUCGCCUGCCAGUCUAGGACGACGCCGGCCACUGCAGCUCUUCACACACGCAAAUCUCAACUGCAAUGACAACGAAAAGGUGGCCCAAACACCGAGCUCUGAUGAGGACAACUCGCCCACCGAACUAAACAGUUGCAAGCGUCUAGCAGACAAGCCUCCCUUGGUCAAACGCUUGACAAUGGGUUUGCUGCGUCACAAUGAGGAGUCACGCCCACUGGUAGGCGACAUUACCCCUUUGACCGCUCCCUUGGACAUCCAACCGGUGUACUCAAACGGCUACAUCAACGAGGACUCCUACAUCGACAGCAAGUUCGGUGACUCGUGCCGCCAGUCCUUGACAGCCAUUCCCAUGCUGGACAAUGUCAACCUCAACGACAAUAACGAGUUCAACCUCAAGAAGCGAUAUUUAAGGGAGACGAGCAGCGCCAAUUCCAGUCCCAAAAUCUUUGCCAAUCGCCUGCGGAUGAACCAGGCUGCCACUGCCCAGCGGAGCAGCAGUGUGGCCAACGCUUUUGGCAAUAUGGGAACAGAGGAGGAAGAUCUCGAGCUGAAAGAUGCAUGCUGGUACCAGGCGGGCAUCUCCAGAGAUAUAGCCGUCGAGGUCCUGCAAAGCAAGAGCCCAGGUGCGUUUCUGGUGCGUAAGAGCAGCUCCAAGCCAGGAUGUUAUGCCCUGACACUGCGCGUACCGUCGCCACCUGGGCCAAAAAUAGCCAACUACAUAAUCCUCAGAUCCCCAAGGGGCUACAAGAUCAAGGGCUUUCGCAAGGAGUUCUCCAGCUUGAAAGCCUUGAUCACCCACCAUUCGGUGAUGCCCGAACUGCUGCCCGUCCCUUUGGCAAUGCCCCGUCCCACCAAUAUGUCAUCUUCAAGGCGGAACCUAGACGACUUUGAUACCUACGAUUCCCUGCAGAUGCUGCUGAAGUAUCUGCGGGCCAAGAACAUGGAGACGGAGCAGCAGCAGUAGCUAAUGGAGGAAAUCGAUCAACUGGUAGCACAAAAUUACAUUUAAGUUCCGGUUGGGCAAAAUAGUUUUGCUCGCAAUCGGACCGAUACCGAGAAAAUGUGAUACUCUAUGAAAAAGAAAAACACAGACACUGCAAAUGAAACGCCUAGCUGAUAAAUGGUGAAAGUAUCUAUAGUUUAGUUUAGUUUGGGUUUAUGGUUGUUCCCUGUUUUUGGUUUAGAGCGUUGACGAAAUAUAACCAUUAAAGGGUAGGAAAAGUGCGAAAGGAUAGUAAUAGCUAUGUCGAGGACAUUGCAGUUUACUAAGAGAAAGGAAAAGAUAUCAUCUCCAGCUUUCAAUGUUUAUUCAGAAAUUUAAGUCACUUUCACAUUCUUAUCGUUGUUAAUGGAAAACAAAAAUUAAAACAUUCAACUUAUUCAAUUGGUCAGCCAGGAAUGUUUAAUUUUCAAUUUCCUUUUAGCAUUUUCAACUGCAAGCCUAUUAAAGAAUAAUUCCAAAAAUUAAAUAAUAUACCAAAUAUGGAAAACUCUAUGUUAAAUGUUGUUGCUGCUUUCCACUGUUAAGCAUAAAUAAAUAUAUACCAAAUUGAAAUGCAUAUUUUAAAUGUAAGCAAAACAGACAGACAAACCGAAAGUCGACCCAAAAAUGUAAAUAACUCACUACCGUAACAUAAUUGAGUAAAUAAAGUUGUUUAAUUUAUAAUAAAAAAAAAAGAGAAAAACAAUAAAAAUGAAAACACAGAACACGAGUAAUAACAAUCAAUUUCUCUUCUCUCGCUCAUUAUGCAAAUUUUGUGCAUGGCCAGCUGGCAGCUGAAAUGAAUUUUCACACGUUAAUAAUUUUUUGGCGACACAUUUUCAGCGUUCGAAGCUCUUUAAAGGCUCGCAACUUGUGCCACUUUGUUGUUGGCCUAAUCACCGUCAUUAUACGAUUUUAAUUUGCUAAACUUUU